AUGUCAUGCCACUGGGCUCCUGCAAUGGUAUCGUAUUUCUCGCAAUUAAGAAAAUAUAUUAUAUGUGGAACCCAUCAACCGGAUUCUUCAAGAAAUUACCUGACCCGGGUUUCUCCCCAGAUGAAAAUGAGCUCGUCACUUAUGGUGGUGGCUAUCUACAAAGUUUUUGUAGUCUUAGUUGACAUUGUGGAUGAGAAGGAUAAGGCCGCCAUUUUCUCGUCCAGAGCUCACGCUUGGAAAACAGUACUUGAGGUCGAUGUCGAUGAUUCAAUUACUGGUCAGGGGACUCUUUUGAAAGAGGCACUUCAUUGGCUCGGUUAUCAUAAUGAAAUUGUGUCUUUUGAUUUGGCUCAGGAGGAGGAGGAGCACAGGUUCAGGAAAAUGCUGCUGCCCAAUUUCCAUAACGUAACACUUGGCCCACAAUACAGCCAUCUCGGAGUUUCUGUUGGAGGAUGCCUCUCUCUAGCUGGUUAUCUGCUGGAUGCCACUGACUGCAUUGAUGUAUGGGUCAUGAGAGAAUAUGAUGUGCGUGACUCGUGGACUAAGCUCUUUAACUUGAAGCUUUCGGACCCCCCUAAGGAGCAAUGGAGUUACAAUCGUAUCUUGGUUACGGAAACUAGUAUGGUUGCCGAGAUAUUUGUUGGCAACGUCGGGAGAGGACUGGUAAAGAUUCUUAAAAAAGAAGAAGACAAGUGUAGCAUCUAUAUGAUUGGGGUUGAGGGCGAUUGGAUUGACAUGAUUGAAUAUCAAGAGAGUCUACUUCGGAUAGAUGGCGCUUUGAUGUACGAUUGCAGGAGCAAGCUUUAUGGGAGAGGUUUCUUUGAUCUAGUGGUGGUACGGACCAGUUUUAAUUGGAAGCUAGCUAGCUAUAUUUGUAAUGGUAGCAACUGUGUUGAUGUAUAUAUUCGUUGUUUGUUUUGUAAGUUUUGACAUUUAUCUUGUAUGAUUGUCUUUGUCGGAAUUUCUAUAUUAUGCUAUAAGAUUUUUUUGUGUUGGUGAAACUAUAGUUAUAUUUGUUGU